GCCGCUGCCGCCGUUCCUUCAACCUCACGAAACUCGAACUGCGCUGGUUUCGAUACGCGAUGCUGUGACGGUGCCUUUCAGUCCUCGUCAUUCUACGCGCCAGAGCGGCAAGGAAAUCUAAGUGCGCGUAUGCCAACCGGUACGGGUGAAGGUUCAUGCGUUUGCACUUCGGUUGCAGUAAGACUGUGUUAUUUCAGUGAUGUUCUUUUGGGACCCCAAUCGCAAUCGAAAUGACCAACUGAGGUGUCGUGUCAGGUGAUCGAUAGAAUCGGUUUAUUUUUAGUGAGUGAUUUUUGACUAGCUGUGAUUAGUGUGAGGAUUAGUUUUGUGAUUUGCACUACAUGAAGGAUACUACGGUACGAAGGAUUAUAGCAGACUUACGGAUUUUAUAGCGAACAAUAAUCGACUGGUUUUAAGGCCUUGCCACCCGCUGUGCCAUGAAGGAGAAGAGCAAGAAUGCGGCCCGGUCCCGACGCGAAAAGGAGAACGCCGAAUUCCUCGAACUGGCCAAACUGCUGCCACUGCCGAGUGCCAUCACGUCACAGCUAGAUAAGGCUUCCAUCAUUAGGCUAACUACCUCGUACCUGAAAAUGCGCCAGGUGUUCCCGGAAGGUCUGGGGGACGCUUGGGGUUCGCAGCAUGUGCCCAGCAAUCCCCGUGAUUUGGCCAUCAAAGAGCUGGGCUCUCAUCUGCUUCAAACGCUGGAUGGUUUCAUCUUCGUGGUUGCCCCCGACGGCAAGAUAAUGUACAUCUCCGAGACGGCAUCGGUGCAUCUGGGCCUCAGCCAGGUGGAGCUGACGGGUAACUCGAUCUACGAGUACAUCCACAACUACGACCAGGAUGAGAUGACUUCGGUGCUUUCGCUACAGCCAAACAUUUUUGCAUCUGCAACACCUCCGCCACCACCACCACCACCUGGCCCACCGGCAGCAACGGUAACAGUUCAACUGCUUCCGCAGCAUCCAAUGGGAAGUUCUCCGCCAGCCCCGCAAGUUGUCAGUCAAGGACAACCGUCGGAUUCACCACCACAGAACAACAGCUGUCCUCCUGCUCUAUCGCCAAGCAUAAGUAUUCCUCCACCACCGGUACAGCCUCACCUUGGACCGCCACCUCAGGUACCACCGGGUCUUUCACCUUCCACCGGACAAGUUCCUGCUCCGCAUCUCACAGCCAACAUCUCCCUGGUACCGAAUCCCCAUCAUCACGGAACAUCGACUGCUCCACCUCACCAUCAUCACCACCACCAGCCAAAUCACCACCACCCCCACCAUCAUCAUCAUCAUCACCACCACUUCAGUCAGCAUCAGCAGUCGCAAACAAUUGAAAUCGAGCGUACGUUCUUCCUGCGGAUGAAAUGCGUGCUGGCGAAACGGAAUGCCGGUCUCACCACUUCCGGCUACAAGGUCAUCCACUGUUCCGGUUAUCUGAAGGCUCGGAUUUACCCCGGCGACAGUACCUACGGCGACGGGCACAGCUGCAUCCAGAAUCUCGGUCUGGUGGCGGUCGGUCAUUCACUGCCCCCAUCGGCAAUCACGGAAAUCAAGCUGCAUCAGAAUAUGUUCAUGUUUCGCGCCAGCAUGGAUCUGAAAUUGAUCUUCCUCGACGCCAAGGUGUCCCAGCUGACUGGAUACGAGCCACAGGAUCUGAUUGAGAAAACACUGUACCAGUAUAUUCAUGCGUCCGACAUCCUGCACAUGCGAUAUUCUCACCAAAUAUUGAUGUACAAGGGACAAGUGACAACGAAGUACUACCGAUUUCUAACAAAGGGUGGCGGUUGGACCUGGGUGCAAUCGUAUGCCACCGUCGUGCACAACACCCGCUCAUCUCGGCCCCAUUGCAUCGUCAGCGUUAAUUAUGUGUUGAGUGAUCAGGAAGCUCGUGAUCUGCUCCUGAAUGAAAUUCAGGGACCAAUGAUUCCAAAGCCAGAAAUUCAAACACCGGCCGCUACACCCGCCUCGGUAGCGGCUUCAGUGACACCCAUUUCCCCACCUCAACACAUCCCGCUACAAAUGGGACAACAGCAGCAACAACAACCGCCGGUACCGGCUGGAGUGCUACAGCAACAGCAACAGACACCAAUACUGCCACCGCAUAACCCUUUACUGGUUAAAGAAAUGUCCAACUACCUGCAGCUGCACAAUUUCGAUGACGACAACAGUCUCCAGCAGAUGGUUCAGGGCAAUAGUAUGCAUCAGCCACAGCAGAAUGCCCAGGACUACGAACAUCAGUACAGCAGUCAGGCUGCUGGCUUCAUGAUGGACUCGAACCAGUCGAUGUCGCAAGGCACGCCUAGCGAGUUUCUCGAUUCCUAUUACGACCCCUUUUAUCAAUCGUACGAUCCGCAAACGGACAAUUCCAACAUACUGCGCCCGUUCUCUGCCAGUUCCAACAGCUGUAGUAGCUCGGAUGGCGAAGCUCACCUUCAUGCCACUUACAUCCCGAAUACAGCUCUAAUACAGCAGCAGCCAUCAUACGACGAAAUGAAUCAACACUUUGGAAUCAACUGUUUCAACAACAACAACAAUGGAGUUUCGGCGAAUGGACACCUGAACGGUAACCACAACAAUCUGAACAAUCAUAAUCUACAGCAUCAUCAGCAUGGUAUGGCUGGAGGCGGUACGGUCGCAACCGCUUCUGCUGCCGCCAGUACCACCAAUAGUAGUAGUAGCGGUAAUCAAAACAUCAACAACAACAAUAACAAUAACAACGGUCAUCAUCAUGAUAAUGGCUUUUUAGACGAAUUUAAAGCCAACCAUCAUAAUCAACAACAGCAACAUGCCCAACAUGGCAACAAUGGCCAUCACCAUCACCACCACUCACAACUGCACCAUCACCACAACGGACCACAGUACACCAGCGUGAUCGUGGAACCGCAGAACUAUCAUCUGCCUGUAACGCAAAAUGAGUUUGUGCAUUAGGAGUAGCUUGUUUCCGUUUGGCUCUUUCAGUUUCGGCUAUACACAAUAGUUUUCAAUAUGAACUUAAUUUUUUUGUUGUGGGAAAAUUCGCGUUGAAAAAAAAACGUUUACUAAAAGACUGCAGGCAGUUGGUAUUGUCAAAUGUAUUCUGUUAGGACAGUAAAUGAUAUUAGCGUAGAGAUAAGUUUUUACUGUUAUUUCUAGGUAAGUUACUUACAUGUAUAGUAUUUAUUUAGAACAGUACAUGUACAUAUUUGAUACAAACAUUAGAAUCUAAACUAAGAGUGGAGUAUAAAACAAAAUAUAUCUAGCAAAAAAUG